GUCUCUCGUCCUUAGGUAUAGUGGCUUGGGACGAAUUCGGAAGGUCUGGCUUUCGAACCGGCCGUUACACAUGCUCAAAGAAAGAAAAAAAAAAAAAAAGAAAAAUAAAAUUUCGUGUCUCUUGGUGGCCCUAUUUUUUCAGUUGAGCUGGGCAGCAUUACUGUUAGCAGUGAAGCAAUACCACUGUUAGGACCAGACUCGAAACAGAGAUCACCGUUCCAAGCAGUCGUGAAGCAUACUCGCCGCUGCUCAGCGCGAGCUCGAUUUCCGGUGAUAGAUCUCUCUCAUCCGGUGAUCGUUUAACCUUCAAUUUCUCUCGUUCAUUCAAUUCACUUCACUGUUCUCAUCCUUAAACUGGUUUGCUACUGAGGGUUGGAAGGUAAGGUGUGAUGGCUCUUUAUAGGCACAGCAGCGAAUUGUUACAUGAUAGAAGAGGCAUCAUUGGGGCAGUUCUCAACUCUCUUGAUCGAAGCAAGCACGGUUUGCAGUUUGUUCGUCGUGGGACGAGGUUUGGUCGGAUUACUUUACAAAGGUUCUUGUCUUGGGUGUUCUCGCUUGCAGUGCUCUUCUCUAUCUAUCUAUCAAUUUUCGGCUUAAAGAUGCCCUGUCAUGGUGGAAUUUCAUCACUGAGAGGACAACAAGAAUUUUUUGGACUUGAUGCCAUGCAACAACCAAUAAUGAAGCCCCAUAGACCACGGUUUGUUCCUUGUGAGGUUGGACUUUUAGACUUCGUUGAUUAUCUUGUUGAGCCCACGCAUUCUACAAAAUUCAAACGGUUUUCAAUUGGGUACAUUGAAAGAGAGGAGAAAAUUUCCGACAACGAUCCAUUUGUGCCCAGAUUUGGAGGACAUCAGACCCUUGAAGAACGAGAGACAUCCUUUAAUGCAAGAAAUCAAACAAUUCAUUGUGGAUUUAUUAAAGGACCAGAAGGAUAUCCAAGCACUGGAUUUGAUUUGGAUGAGAAGGACAUAACAUACAUGAAUACAUGCAGUGUUGUGGUAUCUUCUUGCAUUUUUGGAAGCUCUGACUUCUUGAGGAGGCCUACCAGAAAACUGAUCAGUGAAUAUUCCCAAAAAAAUGUUUGCUUCGUCAUGUUUGUGGAUGAGCAGACGCUGUCGAAAUUAUCAAUGGAGGGAAAUGUUCCUGAUGAUAGUGGAUAUAUUGGCUUAUGGAGAAUAGUCACUGUAAGGAACUUACCGUACGAGGACAUGCGGAAAACUGGAAAGGUGCCAAAAUUUUUAUCACAUCGCCUUUUCCCUUCUUCUAGGUAUUCAAUCUGGCUUGACAGCAAGAUGCGACUUCAGACUGAUCCAAUGCUAAUAAUUGAAUACUUCUUGUGGCGAACGGGAUCUGAGUAUGCUAUUUCAAACCAUUAUACACGCCACUGUGUCUGGGAGGAGGUACUCCAAAAUAAGCGUCUUAAUAAGUACAAUCACACGGCCAUCGACGAACAAUUUAUUUUUUACCAGUCUGACGGUCUCACCAAGUUUGAUCCUUCAGACCCAAAUACCCCUCUUCCAAGCUAUGUCCCAGAAGGUUCAUUUAUUGUCAGGGCCCAUACACCAAUGUCAAAUUUAUUUUCAUGCCUUUGGUUCAAUGAAGUGGAUCGUUUUACAUCACGUGAUCAACUGAGCUUUGCAUAUACUUUCUUGAAACUGAAGAGGAUGAAUCCAGACAGACCAUUCUAUCUGAAUAUGUUUAAGGACUGUGAGCGCAGAGCACUGGCAAAGUUGUUUCGUCAUAGGGCAGUGUCACCUCCAUUUGCUCCUUGAUGAGUUGAAAUUUAAAAUCCUUCUGGUGUUAAUGCCUGGCGGGUGUAAUAUUCAACUCUGUUCUUGUCAAUGAACUGGUAAUCCCCCUUUAAAUUCGAUUCGGGUUUUGACUGCAAUGGGCUUCAUUGUCGAAGUUCCAAGAAUCCCUAUAACUCCAGUUGACGAUGGUACGCUUAGAUCCUUUUGGCUAGAGUGUAACCUGAUCUUGGAUAUGGCUCUUUGAACCAUUCAACAUCACCAUGCAGAAGAGUGCAGAUCUAAUGGUCCACCCCCCAGUUGAACGGGAGUAUUUGCAGGGAGGCUCGGCAGUUAACUUUUUUUCACUUGCUAAGUCUGGAAUCUUGCCUAUCAAGACCCCGUGGCCUGGCAUUUUUUCAAAUAGAUUCGGCACUGCUGGCUUAUUAUGGUGUUUUUUUUCUUGUACCCUUCUAAUUUUUCUCCCCUCCGUUUGUGGCUCACUCGAGACUUUUGAUCCAGUUGGUUCUGGUGGUUGAGUUGCUAUCCUUUCGACUUUGCUUUCAUUUUCUGUCCUGUAUAUUGACUGCAUGUUUUUGGUUGUUGAGUUGCUAUCAUUUCGACUUUGCUUUCAUUUUCUGUACUGUAUUUUGGCUUUGAGAGAGAGAGAGAGAGAGAGGGAGGAGUCUGUUUAGUUUUCCUCCAAUGUCUCAUCUCCGAUCUUUGUGCGUGUGCAUCUCCAAUAUUGCAAAUUUGCUCAUUUAGAGAUGCUGCUUCAAGUAAAAAUUGAAGCACAAAAGCACUGUUGGAGGGCUUUGAUUAACA